AUGGCAAAUAAUACGUGGAAACUAGUUGUUACUACGGCUCUUAUAUCUGUGUUUUCAACGCAAUUAGUCAAAAGUGCAUGGAAAGAAUAUAAACUUUCAUGUGCGGCUAAUAAGAAUAAAAUUGCAUUGCAACCUCGUCAAUAUGAUGACGACUUAUUCAGGGAGCAAUUGGCUCGUAACUAUGCAUUUCUUGGUGAAGAAGGCAUGAAAAAGAUCAAGGAACAGUAUAUAGUUAUAGUUGGCGCUGGAGAACUGGGGUCGUGGGUAUGUACAAUGUUAAUUCGUUCAGGAUGUCAGAAGAUUAUGAUUAUUGAUCCAGAAGACAUAUCAGUUGACUCUUUAAACACGCAUUGUUGCGCAAUUUUAUCAGAUAUCGGAAAGCCCAAAGUAGAAUGUUUGAAAGAACACUUGUCUAAGAUUGCUCCUUGGUCUGAUAUAAGAACAAGGGCUAAGGAAUGGACUAAGGAAAACUCAGAAGAGUUAAUAUUUUCUGAUGGUGAAUCACCAACUUUUAUUGUGGAUUGCUUAGAUAAUCUAGAUUCGAAGGUAGACCUAUUAGAAUACGCUUACAAUAAUAAAAUAAACGUUAUAUCUUCCAUGGGUAUCGCCACCAAAUCAGAUCCAACCCGCGUAAGUAUAAAUGAUAUUUCUAUGACAGAGUUUGAUCCUAUAUCUCGUUGUGUGAGAAGAAAAUUAAGAAAGAGAGGCAUUGUCACGGGGGUUCCUGUUGUUUUUAGUAAUGAAAUGCUUGAUCCACGUAAAGACGACGUACUUUCUUCCAUAGAUGGUGAACGCCGUGCCAUCAACGCUAGAAGAGACGAGGCCCUAAGGCAUUUACCAGAAUUAGGAACCAUGCCCGGUAUUUUUGGUUUGAGUAUUGCAACGUGGAUCUUAACCACGGUUUCAGGUUAUCCAAUGAAAAACAGUGAGGUCAAGAAUAGAUUAAAAUUUCAUGAUAGCAUACUAGAGACUUUCCAAAAGCAGAUGGUGCGAUUAAAUGAAAACAGUGACCAACCAUCAUUUCUUGGAUUGAAAGAGGUCGGCUAUAUAGUCGAGGAGAUGUUUAGGGGCAAAUCUCCUGUUAGCGGAUACUCUACAAAACUAGCUUUAACAAAAUGGGAGGCUGAUAAAGAAGUUUCUUUAACUAAUGUUGUUCUUAUGACGAAAGAAGAACAAGAAAUUCACGAAAGAAGAGUUCUGCGGGGUGGUGAAAAACUGACAGCUGUAUAUUCUACUGAUGUUCUCGAUAUUAUUGAUAGGGUUUUUAAAGAGGAGAAAUACUAUUCUUAG